AUGAACAUUCAAACAUUCACAAAUAGAGAGGAUAUCUCUUUAAAUCAGUGUCAUAGAGGUCAUGUUGAAUACAAACUACCAGUGAUGAUCAUCACAAAGAUACUUGAAUUAACUUGGAUGAUAUCAACCUAUGAUCAAGAGUUUCCUUUAUUAUCAUACAAAAAAGCAUUAAAACUGACACUAAUCAAUAAACGAUUCUUUGGUAUUGUCAGUAAGAGGUUCAACAAUAUUAAACUUCUUUCUCACGCAAAUUCUUCAAUGAUGGACGAGCUUCACGAUAGACUUACAAAUGUAUGGUGUCCAAUUAAACAUAUUUUUAAACUACAGGUCGGAAUUCCCGUUUUUGAAGAGUUAAUGAAACAACCAUCUCCUCAUCUCACUCAUAUGUUAUCAACUGUUGAAAAGUUACAUAUUCAUCGUGAAACUAAUUGUGGACCUUUAACAGAGAACAGCAUCAAGACCUUUGGAACCAUCGACACCAAUCUUCACUCUCUCAUUAUCAAUUCAAUAUUACUGGAUUUUGCACACCUCGAUGCAAUCUGUUCGAUUAAAUCUCUUAGAAAGAUAGAUAUUUCCACCACUUUUAUGCGUAUAUCAGAUAUUCUCGCUGUGUUAUGUAACAAUUUACCGUUACUCGAAUCAAUCAAAUUGAUUUGUUUCAGUAUCACCGCUAUUCCAAUUGCAAGUCGCUCAAGAAUUAGAAAGCUUUCAUCAGUUUACUUGGAUGAUACUGAUGAAACCUUUGAAUUUCCUAAUCUUCAAAGAAUGAUAAAUGCAUAUCAAAACGGUAGAAGCUAUAUAGAAAUACCAAGAGUACUUCCUGGACUAGGACCACGUAACUGUGUUGGAAUGAACUUGGCCAACGAUGACAUUGCAAUUUCCAAUAUCGUGUCAAACUUUAUCGUCUCUUCACACGACGGUAAACCAAUAGACGAUACCUAA